CACCCCAGCAGAGCAACGGAGAAAGAGGGAGGAAGUUUACGGAAUUGAAUUUGCUGAAUCUUCUCAGUCUACUUUUUGUCUUAACUUUCAUUUAGCCUCUAAUCUACAUUCAUCGGUCUCUACUUUUAUGACACCAUCGCAUUAACUGGUGAUUUGUACACUGUCACAACUACGACCGACAGAUCAGUGAGUAUCAGCAGAAAUGGAAGACGGGACUCUACUGCAGAACAUGCGCCAAGCGCCCAAACCAAGUACUCCUGUGCUUGUCAUAUCCAAACUCAUCAUGACUGCCUUGCCAGUCGCCCAGAUCGCAAUAGGUGGUAUGUUCCUGGAGAACUGCCCCCAGCAGCGCUAUAUCCCCAUCUACCUGGUGGUGACGGGGGUUUUUGCCCUGGCCCUGGCUGUCCUGUCCUGCCUACCCUGCACCAGGGAGCAGGAUGAGGGGGAGCAGCAGAGCCCUCUCAGCAGCCUUUGUACCGCCUGGAACUCUCUAGUGUCACUAUUCCUCUUCUGCUGGUUCAUAGCAGGCAACGUGUGGAUCUACUCUAUAUUCCCUGCAAACUAUAAUGAAGAAGACGCUCUCCACUGCAACAAAACCCUGUAUCUGUUUGCCUUCUGGACCACCACCCUGGUAUAUAUCUUUCUGGGCAUGCUCAUGGUUGGGGGCUGCUGUGUGCUUGUCUGCAUGUGUCUGUGUGGUGGAAGGGGGCUCGGCUCGAACAAUGCCGACGUCUGAGGGGGAGGCGAAGGGUGCAUAUCUGGGUUCAAAUAUUUGUUUUCUUGCAAAUGCUUUAGUUGUGCUUAAUUGAGCUUGCCUGACACAUUGGAACCAAUGGAAUGGUCCCAGAAGUACAACCCCUACCCAUCUGGCACUCCAGUCUGCUAAAUCAAACACUGAAAAGUAUUUCAAGAAAACAUUCCUAUUUGAACCCAGGUCUAUUGGGUGGGGAGGGCAUGGGGAUCAGGGCUCUGUUCAGGAGGGAGUUGUGUUUCGGAACAUUCAGAUAUAUUUUGUAGAACAGACAGUUGGAUUGUGUGUCAUGUUUGACACGGAAGCAUUUGUUUAAUUCCUUGAAUUUCUAUAUGCACUGUUUUGAACAUUAAAUGUCAUUGAAUACACCUCUGUUGGGUGGGGAGUGGUCCUAUUCAGGUCCUGGUGCUCAAGGAGGGUUCAACACACACUGCACUAGCAUUGUGAAAAAUUAUUAUCCAUACUACCAUGCCUUCUAACCUUUUGUACUCACAACCUGUCUGUAUGUGUGUCAAAUAAUCUGCUUCAUAUUACCAAAUGUACAUUGUUAAACGCUAAUCUUUCUGUAAUCUCUUUCUGGUCUAUUCUUUACUCUGUAUAUUCCAGCAUAAAUAAAUGUAAUCCAUAAUGUAA